AUGUCUUAUGCUGGCCUUCCUAUCUCAUUUGAUUCUCCUACAAGCUCGUCCGUGCAAAACUUUAGUUAUACACAGCCUCAUCUCGCGAAUAAAAUUGUCUUUUCUGGCCAAAAACCUUCAGAUGAGUUUAUAACUGAUGCUCCUAGACAAACUAAUUGGCCUAGUUUCUAUCGAUGGCAGAAUCCAUCCACAAGUAACACAGGUAACGAGUUUUUAAACAGUUUCGUGCAAGCACCCGUCAGCGAAGAAAACAUUAUGUCCCAAUUCUGCUGUACAUCAAAUACCAAUUUCUCCAAUUAUCCUCAGCAAACUGCCAUGAAUUUUUAUCAAAAACCUUAUUUUUGGAAUCAAACGCAAUACCAAUCAUCUCUCCACAAACAGGCAAGUCUUGUUCCACUGGCUCAGGAGCUGCAAGUAAAUAGGAGCAUUGCUAGCGUACACAAAUCAAAUAUAUCUCAAAUAUCUUUUCAAGAGAACGAAAAUAAUCUCGCAGUAAAUACACAAAUUCGACAACACUAUUACCAACAACCACCAGAUUUCACGUAUGGAAAUACUAGUACAGUGAUAUCAACGACUCCCAUGCAACAGCAAUAUUAUCAUUCACAGGCGACAAAUUUUGCUCAGCCAUUUAUUAAUUCUCCGCGCUAUCCGACACAAUCAUCGCAAACGAAUAGAGAAUACAGAGAUUCGGAAUCAGUUGCGCAGAAAACUGUUUCAGUACCAUGGUGGACGCUUCGCAAUCGGAUUAAGGCAUAUACUAUAUUUACUGGCUCGAUUGUUAAUUUUAAAAAUAAUUUCCAAAUUUCUCGGGUGAACGGCGAUGUUGUAACUGUGGAUGCACCGAAACGACAUUAUGGAGAACGAAUUAUGAGACUGGAAAAUAUGAGUGCAAGUCAGAUUCGUAAAAUGAAAUUCCAUUUCAGUGCGUGUAAUUUGUAUCGUGUAAAAAACGGUCAAAAGCGCCGAGUUAAUGGACCACCUUAUCAACCAAUUCAAAGGCGAAAACGUGCCAAACGAUCACAUCUGCUUACGCUCAAUACGAACUGA